UAACCAGGAAGUGGCUGAGCUUUCGACGAAAUCAAAAAUCAUCGGCAGAAGAUGAGUCGCAUUUAUGACAACACUGCGUUAUUAAACAAACCUGUGCAUAAUGAGAAACUAUCCUCCGCAUGGGAUCCAAUAGUUCAUCAGAGUGGUCAUGGUGUCAUUUUAGAGGGGGCGGUCCUGGAUGUGUCACGCCAUGUCAUAACAGAUGUGAACAACAGAAAGGAGCGCUUCAAUGUUUUGUACAUCAAACCAAGCCGAAUCCAUCGCAGAAAAUAUGAUUCAAAAGGAAAUGAGAUUGAACCUAACUUCAGUGAUACCCGGAAGGUCAACACAGGUUAUCUGAUGUCAUCCUUCAAAGUGGAGGCUAAGGGUGAAACAGAUUGUCUAGAUGAGCGCCAACUGAGGGAUAUUGUGAAUAAGGACCAGUUGGUUAAAUUGACUUCAAAACAUUGCCCUGGUCAGGCCUUUGCAUUCUGGAUCUCAGAGGAGGAGAUGAGCAAAACAGAGCUUGAGUCUGGCCAAGAAAUCCGUCUUAAGACAAAAGGAGACGGGCCCUUUAUUUUUUCCUUCGCCAAACUGGAUGGUGGUACAGUGACAAAGUGCAACUUUGCAGGAGAUGAGAACGCUGGAGCAUCGUGGACAGACAAAAUAUUGGCUAACAAAACUGAUCAGGAAAAGACAGGGAAGAGUGUCAGUCAGGGUGACGGAGCAGACGAUGAAGAAUGGGAUGACUGAAUGACACCCUUGAGCUUCCAGGAUUGGAUCACAGUGCCUUGUUAUCUGUCUUCCAAAUGUAUAUUUACACCACAAAACAAGACCUCACAGUCAGUAUUCCUGUUAUCACAUGAAAAUAUAAUAAACAGCAAAAGUGCCAUUUUAAAAGAAA